CCGAUGCUCCGUGGAAUCACCGCAGGAUAUGGUGCCAUGCGUUGAAUCGCGGCAGUAUAGUUUAUUUUUCUUUAUUAAAUCAUGAUAUUCAUGUCAGUCUUUGAUACUGACUAUAUUUUUAUUUGAUUGUGCGGUAAAAGGGCGUCAGCGGUUUGCAAUCAGCCUAUGUGACCCCUCGCCCACAUCCUGCCAUUUGCAUGUUUGGCAUGCUUGCUCGCAGUAACAGCCUCACGCAUCGGACCCUACUGCGGGUGACCGGUAUCCAGUAUUCUCCAAUAUUUUGCAGAUUAGUUUCAACUUCUGAACAAGCUUCGCAGUCGGGCAAGACGACUCCUCUUCCCGAUGAUACCGAGACCCCGAAGUCAAAGUCCCCUUUUCAUUUCCAGACGGGCUAUGCUCUCUUCGCCAAGCGACCAUCUCGUCCUUUCCCACCCCCUUUUUUGUCGCUCCCGUCAGGGUCCUUCUCGGACCCACUUAGCACACACCAUAGAAGCAGAGAUCGAAGGUCCUAUGUGGACGGGGAGAUGAUUAGGGGAAUUACCAAUGGGGAUGACGCUGUUCUCGUUCAGGAAAACUUCGUCGGGGCUAAUGAUGGAGUGGGAGCUUGGGCUACACGCCCACGGGGACAUGCUGCACUCUGGUCCCGCCUGAUCCUUCAUUUCUGGGCACUCGAGGUAGAAAGGGAUGUUGCCGUCACUUCGGCCCCUGAUAGCCAUGUCGAGCCAGACCCGGUGGAAUACCUUCAAAAAGCUUAUGAACAGACGAUACAAGCCACCUCUCCGCCCAAUCAAUGGUUCGGUACCACAACGGCUUGUGCGGCGCUUCUACACCACUCUAUCGGCAGUGAUCUGCCAAAACCUGUGCUAUAUAUCACAAACUUGGGGGACUCACAAAUUCUGGUAAUCCGCCCGCGCGAAAAGAAAAUCAUUUUCAAGACUAUAGAGCAGUGGCACUGGUUUGACUGUCCGCGACAACUCGGCACUAACAGUCCAGAUACACCUCGGGAGAACGCCGUCAUGGAUAAAAUAGAAAUUGAAGAGGGUGACGUAGUCUUAGCCCUAUCCGAUGGUGUCGUGGACAAUCUUUGGCAGCAUGAAGUCCUUGAAAGCGUCAUCGACAGCCUUCGAAGGUGGGAUGCAAGAGCGCAAGACAGCGAUCCGGAAGAUUACGAAAACGAGCCCGGAGCAGGCAUGCAAUUUGUGGCAAAAGAGUUGAUGAAAGCAGCCAGAAAAAUUGCACAAGACCCCUUUGCUGAAAGCCCUUUCAUGGAGAGAGCCGUUGAAGAAGGGCUGGCUAUGGAAGGAGGAAAACUCGAUGAUAUCAGCGUGGUGGCUGGUUUGUGCAAAAGGCGAUGAUAUCAAAUAUUGCACUGGCUAUCAGUGUUUUGUCAACACAACCAGGCUCGUUGGACGGACCCCUCUGAUGUGUUGUUUUUAGAUGCAUGAAUUCAUUCACUCAAGUUGCAAUCAGAAUGACUACAUCUGAACAACAAUGACAAUUGAACUAAUCCCCUCACUGUAGCGACUUCCAACCCAUCAGUAUGACCUACUCUAUGAAUGGAAUGUCAUUCAUCGACAUUGGCAGCUUAGUUGCCUUGAUUGUCCAGACAAUAGGAGACCAAACUGGCCUUUGUAAUUGCUGGUCCCGGCUUACUCAUACUUCUAAAUGUACAUAGAGAAGCAUUAUACAUUUUAGCAAGAAAUCUUACCAUGUGUCGAAG